AUGAUCUGGUAUCUCCUUUAUCCCCUUCGAGGAACGACCGAAGCUCCCGUCCUCACACCUUCCCAUCCUCUACGCCGAGCCUUCGCGCGGUACGGCGCCUAUGCGACUCGUCACGUCAUCACCACACUUCUCAUCUCCACCGCCGUCGCCGCUGUUCUGAUUUAUCCCUUUCCUUUCCUCUAUACCACUGAUUUUACAAAUGGCGCCUCCAAUCUCCCGCACCAUGUCUGGACGCUGGCCCAGCCCAUCGAGAAAGCCGCCGUCGAGCCCGACGUCGUGAUGCGCUCCGUCUGGGUCCACGGGAGCUACAUGCAAGCCCUCGACCGCGAAGUCCUGCUAGGCGCCCUACAACUGCAGGAUGAACUUUUAGGGCCGACAGAGAACUUCGAUCCCCGCCGCCCCGGCCAACCUGCCAUGGAAGUGCGAGAUCAUAGCCUCGACAUGACACCCAAUGACCGUGACGCUUUCCAUGUCAUCAACGGAUUGACGAACCAGUCUUGGUUCUUCCACUCACCCCUGCAGUACUGGUACGGCUCGCCUGAGCGCAUCAGCUCAGACGCGGACAUCAUAUCCACCGUCAACGAGCGCAAGAGCCAGCCUACUUCCGUCAACACCACGCUCCGGCACUCCAUCGUUUUCAGUGGCAAGCAUUUCGAAGACCGGAGGUUGCUGGCCGCUGAUGCACUCGUCAUCACCCUCAUCCACUUGCGCGAUUCGCCCGUUGGUCGCCAGUGGGAGCGGAAAGCCGCUGCUUUGGCGACACAGAUGGCAGACAAAUGGACAGCCUACCCCGCCGACGGCAGCAGCAUGUCGAAUCAGCUUUACGAGUUUCAGUUUCAGCCCAUGUCCAUCCAUGACACCAUCGUUCUGGCCCUGGCCUAUGGCUUGUCAAUGCUCUAUUUCUUCGUGAGCAUGUCCAAGCUGAGGGCCGUCAAGUCCAAGACUGGUCUGAUUGUGACCGUCAUGACGCAGAUCAUGCUGUCUAUCCUGUCGAGCUUCACCGUCUGCGCCGUCUUCAAGAUCGACCUGUCCAGAAUUCCGCAGGCCGCCUAUCCCGUUGUUGUGCUUUCAAUGAGUCUUGAAAAUAUCUUUCGACUCAUCAAUGCCGUUAUUGCAACACCCUCAGAACACAGCACUAGCAGUCGCAUCGGACACGCCUUUGGCGACACGGCUCCCAUCGCCCUCGCGAGCUCUCUGCAAAAUGUGCUGAUUCUGUGGGCGCUCUCCAAAGUUGUUUCGCCGGGUGUCUCUGCCUUUUGCACUUUUGCCGCCGUUGCCAUCGUCUUUGACUUCUUCUACCUGUCAACAUUCUUCCUGUCGGUCCUUGGCGUAGAUGUAAGGCGCACAGAGCUCAGCGAGGCGCUAGACAAAGCAUCAUCCAGGGUCACUCGACGCCCGAGCGAGUCUGCUGCACGUGCUAGCUGGACCGACGCACUGCUGCAGGGGAAAAUUGCAAUGUCCACACGCAUUGCCGGCACCAUUAUCAUGGUCGGCUUCGUACUGGCUGCUCAGUGGCAUUUCUUCGAGAACCAGACAAUUCUCCGCGUGCUUGGUGGCCUGUUCCGCCUGUCAGACACCAAAUCGAGCUUGACUCAACAGAAAGAGUCCUUGUUGGUGGAUAUACAUCAGGCCAGAAGUCCAACCUCCUGGCUUCGUCUUCAAGAUCACGAAACCGCUCGGGAGGUCAUCAGCGUCAUCAAACCAUGGGCGCACAGCUAUAUCGCCCAGGUAUAUGAUCCGCUCGUUUUUGUACUGAAAGGGGCCGAUCGAACCCCUCAACAUCCUGAGCGACCUUUGCUGCCGGCAUUGUACGACUUCAUUGAUCAUCACCUUGUUCGCUUCGUGGUGACUGUCAUACUCGUCCUCGCAGCCGUCCGCUUGUUUAUGAGCUAUCUUUUGUGGAAAGAGGAUGCAGAGUUCAAGUCGGGACAUGACUUCGACAAUGAGCCGCUCACGUCAGUUACAUCCCUGUCAAAGGGGCACACCCUCGAUAUUGUCCUGAUGGCUGCUUCAGUCGACGGCCAUAUUGUAUCCGUCGGGCUUGACCGCUCGAUCCGCGUUUGGGAUGUUCGGGCUGGACAGGGGCAGUAUGCACUGGGCGAAUUUUCCGAGGCCCCAGAUCGCCUCUUCCCUGUCUCGGCCAUGGCUAUCAAUGAUGAAUGUUGUUGGUUGGCCCUUUUGUCGCCUUCAAAAGCUCAUCUCUGGCAUCUGACAGAGAAAAGAUGGGGUCCUUCGCUUCCCGUCGACCUUCAAGGCCACAAACUCCAAGCCUUCUUUUUCGGUCCCGCCACAACCAAUUCCUUACCCUCCUUAUUCGUGGUUCGCCGCAACGGCACCAUGAUGGAGCUUGCACCCCCAACUCAAACGGUGGAUGAUUUCGCUAUCUGUAGGAGCCCCUUGGUCUCCGUCAAGCCUCUCACCCAAUCAUCCAUGUCUGAUCGCGGCUCUCCUCUUUCUGUUUUGACGGCAUCUAAAAAGGGCUGCAUACAUGUGGCCAACCAACAAGACCAAGGUUGGACUUCCGUGAGCCUCGACAUGCACUCGCUCGAGGACCGAGAUGCUUCUCAGGUCGUACCACUUCCAGGUCUGGACUGUUUCCUCGUGGCACGACAGCACUCGGUUGACCUAGUCGACGGCAAGACGUAUCGGCUUCUGCACGUAUUCGAGACAGGUCCCAUUCAACCCCAGACGCUACGAGCUUUCCACUCAGCUCGAAGGAAACCACAAUGCGGAUCUGUCGGGCUCAUCUCGUUCGGCCUUGCGUACAACGAUAACAACACCGGUGAUUGCGUCAUCCAGACCUAUUCACCCAAGGAAGACGGCGAUACCAUUUGCUUCCGCGACUCAAGUGCCCCGGCAAGUCGAAGCUGUUGCAAGUGGCCCGAUACGAUCAUGUCACAGAGGCGUAUCAACAACCCAGGCACGUGGGAGGCUCUGUCAGGCGGCUUCAUCGUUGGCGUACGCCGUGAUCAGCCCCUUCCCGCCCGGUACAGUCCUGACUCGUCGCCCACGACCCAGGGCCUGCGCCGGCGUAUCUACAGCUUCCGACAAGACGACAGGCCCGGCUUGAAGCUGGAUAAGUGGGAAAUAUGGGUCGCUUCACACUCGGGCCGGCACGACGUUUACGAGACAAUGCCGCUGCACUCUGACGACGAGAUGGGCGGCUGUCUCAUGAUCUCGGAGCUGGGGCCGAUGGUCAAGGUCGGCACGGCCUCUGUUGUCGUUGGCUUCGGGACCAUUCUCAAGCUUAUCACUGUCGGGCACGAACACUUUGAGGAUGGCCACUUUGCUGCCAAGGGCCAGGAACUGCUGAACAUCGGCAGUCGGCGACGGAAGCCGGGGCCUGGGACUUCUAGGGCCAAGGCCAACGCGUGGGACAAGAGCCAGUAA